AUGGAACUCAAGCAAAUAACACUAAUUAUCUCCAUCCUGUCAGUCUUCUUUAUCGUUGGACGUGCUCGGCCAUCUAACGAGGUAAUGGAAGAAUACAACAAUGACACAUAUAACAUUUUACAACUGAAUUAUAUAAAUUACAGGCAGUCUGUAAAUCUGACUUAGUUCUCGACCUUUUGCAAAGUGUUUGUUUUCUAGUUAUUAUUCCAUGAGUAAUUAUGAACUUUCUUCCGAAACACUCACACCGCGUUCACCAUCUAUUUACUAGUAACUGAAAAAUGACCUCGAGACAGUGUCGUUUUGCCUCGGAAUCCGGUUAGUCUCCUUAGUGAGCCCUUGAUUUCGAACACUCGUAAUUAAAAUGUCAGAGAUAUAUAUAUAUAUAUAUAUAUAUAUAUAUACUUCAAAAAGAGGCCAUCGAUUCCAUUUUUUGCUCAGGCAUAAAAUACUUAAUUUGUAUUCCACAAAUACUGAAUCUUUUUUGUAUACUUGAAUGCAAGAUUUCAAAUGUUUUUGUCAAAACUUAUAGAUAUAAUGCUGGAACAUUUUAUUAAUGCAAUUAGUUCCAUUCACUUCCUUGAUUAGGGGUGCCAUAAAGUCAUUAACGUAUGAGCGUUCAAUGGGACUCUUAAGUUUAAUUGCAUCAUUUAGUCUUUAUUUAUAGAAUGUUCUUACAUUGAUUGGUAUGUAAAAUUUUUCAAGAACAUUUAUUUUCCUUUUAACUUCCAGACCAACUUGAGUUUUGUUUGGUUUUGUUUGUUUGUUGUUGGUUUUUUUUUAACAGUGUAUGUAAUGGCAAGUUGAAUAUCGCCUCAUUUUGAAGCAGAGGCCAAAUGUGCUGAAAUGAGUAGGUCAGACCUGUCUUGUAAGAAAGUGAACAAGCUAUUGUUAAUUGUAAUUUUAACUUCGAUUGUUCCCUCAGGACGAUGACAGCGAGGUGCGCAAAGACGAGAACGCCGUGGAGGAAAACACCCAAGCCGAGCUAGGUAGGCCAAUAAAGGCUUUAAGCUUUACUGGUACAAAAAUCACUAUUUGUCCGAUACUAGAGAUAAUCACCUAUCAAAUUAAUCAUAGCCUACUAGCUCUUUCUGUAUACUCCAAUAUUAUUUUCUUACGAUCUUUAUAAGAUGCAAAGACUUAUAAAAUUUUUGUUGGCGUUGGUCCCAUAGAUAACUCCUUUGACGCCUGGAGUCAACUUAAUAAUAAAACUUUUACAAGACAGCGUAAUUUACAAGUGUAGCCCAGUAUACUGGCAUGAAACUUUGUCUCCCCAUUUGCAACAAUCUAAAUAACUUUGGUACAUGCUUUGUACCAAUUCCAUAAUUUCAUUCUCCUCGGACUGAUUUCAAGUAUGUGUUAUCUAUCGGAAGGUCCCUUUUGACAAAAGUGAGUUUAGUAAGAUUUCCUCUGGGGUCUUUAUUGCCUGUUUAGACGAUAUUAAAAAGGCUUGGUUACAGGUUCUUAUUUUGACCUUCGCUUUGUAGUGGCAGAUGAAGCAGGAGGAGGAGAAAGCGGAGCCAGUGGAAGCGGAAGCGGAAGUGGUACUGAACCCGCACCUGCUCCACCUGCCACUGGUACUCCUAUUCCGAUUGGCGAUGCAGUUGUAAGCACCAUUUGCGUUCUAUAUAUUUUUUUUAUCGUUUUCGUCCCACAGGCUCAAUUAAAGCGAUUUUGCGUUAUAGACAAAUUUUUCAAGCUCCCCAAGGUAAUUGUCGAUUCAAAACCAAACCAUUUCGACUUCUACUUACCAUUUUUAUGUUGCUAAAUUCGUCUGCCAAAUUUGUGCCAACGGAACGAAAAUGUGCCUUGAUAUUGAUCGUAAGAGACAAUUUUUAGGUAUUCAAUAAUACUCGUGAUGUGAUAAUGAAGCAUAACGAAUAAUAUUAAUAUCAUUUUAGUAUAGGUCAGUAGCAUCAUUUGUCGUGAUAUUUCUGUGGCAUAAAUACCACGAGUGAUAUUUCAAAAUUGUUAUACGUAUUUUCACGAGCCGUUAGGCGAGUGAAAUUUGAGACAAUUUUGAAAUAUCAGGAGUGGUAUUUAUGCCAAAUAUCACGUACAAAUCAUGCUAUCAAUUGUUUAUACUACUACCCUUAGAAGGUUUGUAAUUUUCACAUGUAGGUAUUUCAAAUUAACCUGAAAUACCACUGCUCUAAGCCAAUCAAAUUGCAGAAAUUUCUCAUGCAGUAGUAUAAUUAUCUAAAUAACAAUAUUGGCAAAAUUAAUAGCAUUAAGAAGCAGAAAAUGAAGAAAGAAGGAAUGAAUGCAAGAAAAGUAUUUUGAUCCCAACAAUUUUUCAACAAUUUAAUCUUUUUUCGUGUGCUCUCUUCAUGCACAACAACAUGAAAUUCCAUUAAACAUCUAUAAAUCAAGUAUUCAAUGACAGUCGAAUCCCGAUAACUCGAUCCUUCUUUAAGGGAAUAAGUUCUAGGUUAUUAGGGGUUUGAGUUAACAGGAGUUCGAAGCAAGUAACCGGAAAUAAUGAGGCCAGCAAAAGAUAAAAUGAGAUUUGAAAGAGCAAUUAAGUAACAAAGACUGAUCAUUUACAGGGCUGAACAAAAAAAGUCGAUUGGAAAAAAAGACAAAUCAUACACGGUUGUUUUGAGAUAAAUUCAGUGUUUCGGACGGCAGUACACUGUUUUCUAAAAACAUGGUUUUGAGUUAUCCAGGAUCAAAUUAUAUGAAAUAAUCUGAAGUUAUCGAGGAUAGAAUUGUAUAAAUGUAUGGACAAAAUAUAGGGGAAAUCGUUUUUGGUUCGAGUUAACGCGAGAUUUGUGAGUUAGCGAGGGUUCGAGAAAUCGGGAGUCAACUGCAUUCAAGUGCUCACUUUACCUCGCGCAAUAAUACGUGCUCCAAAUAAACAAAAUUUCCUUUUUUGUAUAAUUUUACUACUUAACACUGGAAUUAAAUUCAAUUAUUUCCUCUAUUUGCUUGUUUGUGUACAGAAUCAAGUCUGCGCUGGCUUCCAGUCGUGCGUUGCUCAAGUUGAUGCAGCUGUGUGCCUUAAACAGAUGGUGACUGCCCUAUCGUCACUUCUCCCACCUGCCACUACCGGAGCACCGGCAGGGGGAACUCCAUGUCAGGGGGGAGCCGGUGCUCCCAUGCCGAUGCCUAUGCCUAUGCCGAUGCCGAUGCCGAUGAUGCCGAUGCCCCAACCAAUUCCGUAUCCCGUACAGCCAUCCUCCUGUGGUGGAACGUACCCUUGCGGCGAUGAAGAAUCAAUAAGCAAGAGCAAGAAACAUCAUGACGACCACAAACAUAAGGAAGAUUAG